GUAAAAGGCGCCCCGGCGCGGCGGGCGGCCGAGCGAGUGCAGCGGCGCGUGGGGAGGCUCGUGGGGUGCGCGCGGGGACCGCAGCCGGAGCGAGCAGGGACCCGAGAGCGCGGCGCCGCCGCCCCGGCUCGGCCGGCCCCCGAGAGCGCAGCGCCAGCCUCCGUCGCCCGCUCGCCUGGGCGCGGCUGGAUGCGGCGGGGCCCUGCGGCGGCGGCCCCCGGCCCCCAGCGCCCGGAGCGCCCAGGGGCGGCGUGCGGGGCCCGGGGGCGCCGCGCCCUCCAUGCGCCCCGGCGGGCCCCGAGACAGCCUGGGGCCCGCGCCGCCGCCGCCCGCGCUGAGCCCGGCCCGCCCCGCCGCGCGCGCCCGGCGGCAGCAUGAGCCAGGCCGAGCUGUCCACCUGCGCGGCGCCGCCCACGCAGCGCGUCUUCCAGGAGGCCGUGCGCCGGGGCAACACGCAGGAGCUGCAGUCGCUGCUGCAGAACAUGACGAGCUGCGAGUUCAACGUGAACUCGUUCGGGCCCGAGGGCCAGACGGCGCUGCACCAGUCGGUCAUCGACGGCAACCUGGAGCUGGUGAAGCUGCUGGUUAAGUUCGGCGCCGACAUCCGCCUGGCCAACCGCGACGGCUGGAGCGCGCUGCACAUCGCGGCGUUCGGCGGCCACCAGGACAUCGUGCUCUAUCUCAUCACCAAGGCCAAGUACGCGGGCGGCGGCCGGUGAUGCCCCGCUCCGGACGCCGACCCUGAGCCGGCCGCGGGCCCACGCGUGUCGCCUCUGCUGUACCUUCCCGCCAACUACCUCGGUGUGCGCCCCGCCUCCGGCGCCGCGGCCACGACGAGUCCGGCGCGCGCGCGUCCGUGCCCACGGGGCCCGCGCGGCGUCCGUGCCCCGGGGUCGGUGCCCCCCCGCGCCCCCGCCGGUGGCGGCCCGGGCCGGGCAGGAGCGCUUCCCACGGCCCCGCCCGCGGCCUCGCGGUGGGGGCGGGGCGCGGGCUCUCGCCCUUUGAAAUCUGAGUCUCGCUCCCAGCAAGUUCGGAAUCCCGACACCGGAUCCGCCGCUGGAAACGCUUUCUCCGGAGGCGGAAGGCGGGUGGCGGGGACGCCGGGCUCGGGGCGCCCCCCGCCCGCAGGACCGCGGCCGCCGCGCCCGGGGGAGACGCCGCGCUGGGGCCGGGGUUCGACUCUGUUUAUCGCGUGUGACCGUGGGUGACGCGGUGCGCUCGGUCUUUGUUUGGGAAUUCUGUGCGUGGUCGGGGAGGUGCGGUUUUUUCCUUUUCUUACAGCGAAAACUUGAUCUGUCGUUUCUUGGUUGCACUGAACACCGCCAGCCCGAAGGCUCCCCGUGCUGCUUCCUCUCCUGGUUCUCCCCGCUUCUCUCCGGGUCCCCCUCCUGCCCCCUCUGUCCCCUCUCCCUCCUCCUGCCCCCUCUGUCCCCC